AUGACAAUAUUAUGCUGGAAUGUUCGUGGUCUGGGUAAUCCACGAACAUUCUGUGCUCUGAGGUACCUACUCAUAGACAAAAAGCUCGAUGUCAUCUUCUUAUCAGAAACCAAGAAGACGAUACAACAAAUGGUAGGGGUCAGUGCACAACUAGAAGCAAUGGGUCAUUUUAGUGUGAGUCGAAAUGGUCGUGCUGGUGGAUUGGCGUUAUUGUGGCAGCACGGGGUGAAGGUUUCUAUUCGUUCUUUUUCGUCAGGGCAUAUUGAUGCCAUGAUUGAGGGUGUGGCACAAACUUGUUUCCAUUUUACGGUGCUGGAGCUUAAUGAGUAUUUGGGUAGACGAUAUAGACCAGCGUCACAAAUGCGGGAUUUUGUCAUGGCUCUUGAGGAUUGUGGUUUGACAUUGAUGAAGUAUAAGGGUUACAAGUUUACUUGGACAAACAAUCGAACUGGGGAUGACAGAGUCCAACUUCGGCUGGAUAGGGGAGUGGCGAAUGCUGCGUUUUUUCAAGCUUUUCCGGGGGCAAUAGUUCAUCAUGUGAACUCUUCGAUUAUGUUUGAAGAAAUGUGGACCGAAGUUGAUGGGUGUACGGAGACAGUUGUUCAAGCUUGGGGUGAGGAACAAGGUGAUGUGGUUACUAAGUUAGAAGCUUGCCAACAGUCCUUACUGGAUUGGAAUGAAUCCAUGGUGGGCCAUAUUCCCAUGCAGAUCCGACAUAUUCAAGGGCAACUUGAUGGAUUAAAAAAGAAACCGCAAACAGAUGAUGUGGUGCGAUGUCAACGUAGGCUGACUGGUGAGCUGGAUAUACUACUUGCGAAGGAGGAGAUGAUCUGGCAACAAAGGUCUCGAGUAUCUUGGCUUAAAUAUGGGGAUCAAAGCACAAAAUUCUUUCAUGCACAAGCUAAAGAAAGGGGACGAAGAAAUUUCAUGCAAGGCGUUGGUUCCAUUUUUUGUGAGUAUUUUAAGAAGCUAUUCACCACUAGUGGUGAGAAUGAUUUUAGCACUGUAUUGGCUGCAGUGCAACCUAAAGUGACUCGAGAACACAAUGAAAGACUGAGCCAGCCUUUUACUAGAGCCGAAUUGGAGGAUGUGCUCUCAAAAAUGUUUCCUACUAAAUCUCCUGGUCUUGAUGGGAUGCCAGCUUUGUUUUACCAGCGGGCUAGUGUACGAGAGAUCAACCAUACUCUCAUUACUCUUAUCCCAAAGGUGGACAAUCCCACACGAGUUACUGAGUACCGACUAAUAAGUCUAUGCUCGGUUCUCUAUAAACUGAUAUCAAAAACACUGGUGAACAGAAUGAAGGGUAUUAUGCAGGAUGUCAUCUCGGAGUACCAAAGUGCCUUUGUUCCUUCUCGGUUGAUUACUGACAACAUUAUUGCGGCUUUUGAAAGCAUUCAUGCCAUCCAAAGAAGGGGGGGGAGUGCUCUGAAAAAAAUGGUUUUGAAGCUCGAUAUGUCAAAAGCCUACGAUAUAGUAGAAUGGAAUUUUCUGAGUUGUAUGAUGAGGAAAUUAGGUUUCAAUAACAGAUGGGUGGAUUUAAUUAUGGAUUGUAUUUCUACUAUAUCCUUCUCGGUGAAAGUUAGGGGGGCGGCAAUGGGUUUCAUUACUUCUUCUAAGGGUUUAAGACAAGGGGAUCCUCUUUCGCCUUAUCUCUUUCUCAUUUGUGCAGAAGAUGAUAGUUUAUUAUUCUGCAAUGCUCAUUUAUCUGACUGUUAUAAUCUGAUGAUUCUUCUUAGAGUUUACGAGCAUGCGUCAGGCCAAAAAAUUAAUUUUGCGAAAUCUGCAGCAAGCUUUAGUCCUAAAACAGAUCCAAUCAUGAAGUGUCUUAUUUCAUCCAUGUUGGGAGUACGUAUUGUGGAUUGUCAUACACGUUAUCUGGGGUUGCCUACUAUUAUUGGACAGAGGAAAGAAGUUCUUAUUAAAGCAGUGGCUCAGGCGCUCCCAACAUACAUAAUGGGGGUGUUUCAACUGCCAAAAAGUUUAUGUCAGGAAUUAUCAGCAAUGGUGGUGAGAUUUUGGUUGGGGAAGUUAGCUGGGUAUGGACAGUCACCGUCUUUAAUCUGGCGCUCAAUUCUGUGGGGAAGACAAGUUAUUGAACAGGGCCUUAUUUGGCGCAUUGGUGGUGGGACUUCUGUGAGGGUAUUUCAUGAUAAAUGGAUUCCAAAACCUUAUACCUUUUCGCCCCUCAUAAAUAGAGGUCUUCCUCCAGAGGCCAAGGUUUCUGAUCUAAUUACGACGUCGAGUGGGUGGAAUAGGACUCUCCUGGAUCUUUCUUUUUGUGACGAGGACUGUGCGGCAAUUCUGAGUAUUCCUUUGCCAUCAGUGGGAUCUCUUGAAGAUAAGCGCUUCUGGUUUUUCUCAAAAAAUGGUAAAUAUUCGGUGAAGACUGGAUACCGCCUUGAUUUAAGACUUUGUGAUAAAGAGGUCAAUGGGGAGAUUGGAGGCUCCAACUCUGGAACUCAGCGCGCAUUUUGGAAAAAACUUUGGCACUUGGAAGUUCCAAAUAGGUUAAAAUUCUGCUUUGGAAGGCAAGUUUAA